AACUAACUGGCUGUGGUCGCAGCCCGCCCCUCACUGCGCGGUAAUUACACACCAUCCUUCCUCAAAUCACGCCGAGACUGCGGCUAAACCCCUGCACUUCAUUUUCUAUCUGUUUCCCCCAGAGCCUGUACUGAAAAUACUCCCAGACAGCUGCAGAACACCGGCCGUAUUUGUGGACUUAGUUGUGUUUGUUUGGAGUUCGUUGUGCAGCUCAAUGGGUCUGUGGAUUCUGCUCCUCUGCUCUGUAGUCGGAGUUCUCCGUGCGCAAGAUGUUUCCGUAGGAAAGGAGCAGAUCUCUAUCGAGGAGUGUUGCAGCGAUGGUCACCAACGGGGGUCCGCCAACCAGGACUGCACUGCCCUCCCGCUCAUCUCAGAGUCCACCACAUGCAGGAUCGUGCAGGAGCAGUGCUGUGUCACGGUGCUCGAGGACAGCAUGUGCACGACGGGCAUCAACAUGGCCAAGGAGCGGAGCUCCUGCUACACCGACCAGUUCUCCAACAGCUGCGACAGCAAGACCACCAAGACGUGCUGCGAUUGCUGUCUGCUAGGGAAGGCCGCUCAGGACCACGACCUGCCCUGCGACCACAGCCUGGCGCUGGGCUACCAGUGUGGCCUGGUGUCCCGGGCCUGCUGCCUGGAUGGAGCCUCGCUCAACGACACCCUGGGAGACGGAUUGAUUAGUGAAACAAGCAAUGACACAGAGGCUCUGAUGCUGACUGACCCUUGCAAAGGUAAUGGGAAAUGUGCCCAUCUGUGUGUGGGCAACGGAACCUGUUCCUGUUUCAAAGGCUUCAAACUCAGACCUGAUGCAAAAAACUGUAACGACAUUAACGAGUGCUUGCUGGGGGCCAGUAACUGCCGUCUGGGUGAGCGUUGCAUUAACACGGAGGGCUCCUUCCGCUGCCAGAGAGAGGUCAGCUGUGGGACCGGCUAUGAGCUCACAGACAGCAACAACUGCAAAGACAUCAACGAGUGUGAAACGGGCACCCACAACUGUGUCCCGGACUUUGAGUGCCAGAACACCCAGGGCUCAUUCCGCUGUCACCCUAAAGUCAAGUGUGGUGCCGGCUAUAUUCAGGAUGCCCUGGGCAGCUGCAUAGACAUCAACGAGUGCCUGGCCCAGACCGGACCCUGCCAUCCGGGCCAGGUCUGCAUCAACAGCCGGGGCUCCUACACCUGCCAGAGGAUCUCCGUCAACUGCGGCCGGGGCUACCACCUGAACGUGGAGGGCACGCGCUGCGUGGACAUCGAUGAGUGCAAGGGGCCAGACGGGGCGUGUUCGGGCCACGGCUGCAUCAACCUGGUGGGCUCCUUCCGCUGUGAGUGUGCGGCCGGCUACGUCUUCAACAGCAUAAACCGCGUGUGCGAAGACGUCAACGAAUGCAUGCACUACCCCGGACGCCUUUGUGCUCAUAAGUGUGUCAACAACCAGGGCUCCUACACCUGCACCUGCACCACGGGCUUCAAGCUCUCCCCGGACGGGAGGAAUUGUAACGAUUUGAACGAGUGCGAGGCCAACCCAUGCAGCCAAGAGUGCGCCAACGUCUAUGGCUCCUACCAGUGCUACUGUCGCCGUGGUUACCAGCUGAGUGACGUGGACGGCUUGACGUGUGAAGAUAUUGACGAGUGCGCCUUGCCCACCGGGGGCCACAUCUGUGCCUUCCGAUGCCACAACACCGGCGGGAGCUUCCACUGCUCCUGCCCUGUCAAGGGCUACACCCUCGCAGCCAACGGACGCAGCUGCCAAGACGUCGACGAGUGCGUGACGGGGACGCACACGUGCGCCGAGAACCAGAGCUGCUUCAACGUGCAGGGAGACUUCCGAUGCCUGUCCUUCGAAUGCCCCACAAACUACCAACGGAUAGGAGAGACCCGAUGCGAGCGCUUGCUUUGCAAUGACUCUAGCGAGUGCCUGGCCACGCCCCUGAGAAUCACCUACUACUACCUCACCUUUCCCACCGACAUCCCCGUGAACACCAACGUCUUCCGCAUGGGCCCCUCGCACCCGGUGCCCGGCGAUGACGUCCACAUCGCCAUCGUCGCCGGCAACGACGGCGGCCACUUCCGGACGGAGCGCGUGGCCACCGGCGGCGUGAUGGCGGUGGCGCGGCCGUUCGCUGCCGCGCAGGACUUUGAGGUCGCACUGGAGCUCCGCCUCCAACGCUACGGUCACCUGAGCACCUACUUGGCCAGGGUGAUGGUGUUUGUCUCCCAGGAGGAGCCCAGGGUGCCGUACAACCCCCUGCUGGAGUAGACGGCCCCCCCCACUGGGUCGGGGGUUGGGGGGUGAGGGAGAGUGGGAGGCGGCCGCCUUUGCCGUCGCUGUCGGUUACGCCUUCUGGGCGUGUCUCCUGGGGGGUUGGGGCGGUCCCUUAUUGGUUACAUCAGCCCGCUGGCUGGUUUGGACUUUUGGUAGGGUGGUGGCACGUGCAGACGAGAAAACUCUGUGGACUACGAACCAUCCUCUUUAAGACCACUGUGUUAAAUAGUUAGGGUUCGGGGCACAGACUCCCAUUCAGUAUCAUGCGGUUGAUUUUUAAUUGUAGUGGCGACUGUUUUUGAGCACUAUGCAUGGGACCACCUCACCUGAAUGUAUUUUUUUGGCGUUGGGGAAUCUUGUGGGCCGCUAGGUGGCGCUCUAGAUCAGGGUAAAUCAUUAAUUAGGGAGUGAUUCAAACCUGCCAAAACACUGACUGUAAUUAGUUGAUCACUGCAUGAUACCACCUUGUUUUACAAUAUGAUACAGUUCAUACCGUUUUUUUCUAUUAAAACCGAAAUAGUAAUACCAUG